CCCACUGUGCAGCUAAGGAUGGUGGCACGGUCACUCUAGUGAAAACAACACACACACGUGACAACAAUGAGUAAAAUUCCGCAUUCCGUAAAAGUUCCCACCCAAUACAGGGCAACCGCCAAGAUUCUGAAACAAGCUUUGGAAAAUCAGAAGUCUAUCAAGUCCCUAAUAUUCGAGGAGAGGCAUGCGCGUGUUCGAACCCUGCAUGCGGUGCUGAGGCAUUAUAGUGAUAAUCGUGCUGCCGUAGAGAAUGCCAUUGAAGAAACCGGCUUGCUGAAGGACAACCCCAACUUGGACCAAUACUUAGCAAAGGUUCUCGUGACAGAACUAAUUUUCGGACGGAAGCAAUUGAACGGCGAGAGUAAACCCGUACAGAAGGUCCGCAGCUACGAGGAGAAACUGCAGCAGGCGAUCAGCGGUGGAGGAUUUGAGAAAAAAGAACCCAAUCCCCGCUAUGUCCGCAUCAACACGAACCUAUUUAGUCUCUCGGAGGCUUUGGAGUACCUUGCCAGCGAGGAGUGGCGACGUAAGGAGUUGCCCGCUGAUGUCUCUUACGCGGACUUUCUGGCCGCCAUUAAAGCCCUUGAAGAGGACGAGUUCAUGACCGAUUUGCACGUGGAGGGUGUGCUGAUUUUCCAUCACAAGUGGGCUAAUUACUGGGCUACCCAUGACUUCGUAAAAGAAAAGAAAUUCAUUCUUCAAAAUAAGGCCACUUGCCUGGCCGCUGAACUGCUGGCUCCUCCGCCCGGAUCUACAGUGCUGGACAUGUGCGCUGCGCCAGGAAUGAAGACUCUGCACCUGUGCAACGUCAUGAAGAACAAAGGUCGAAUUUAUGCGGUGGAGCAGUCCAAGGAGCGCUACCACUCGUUGUGCAGUAUCACCAAUGAUGCUGGCUGUGAAAUUGUGACUCCCAUCCUGGACGAUGCUUUGCGAAUGAAUGAUGAGCGCUGCCCUGAAGUGGAGUACAUACUGGUGGACCCCAGUUGUUCCGGUAAUGGAAUGCAGAGCCGAAUCAAUGUGUGCGACGAGCAGAAGGACGAAAGGCGUCUUUUCAAACUGGCUGGUCUUCAGGUCAAGAUCCUUUCGCACGCCAUGAGAGCCUUCCCCAAUGUUAAACGUAUCGCCUAUUGCACCUGCUCGCUGUGGAAGGAAGAGAACGAGAAGGUGGUGCAGUACUGCCUGCAGGUGAACCCAUCCUUUAAGCUUCUCAGUUGCAAGAAGGCGCUCCGCAACAAGUGGCAGAAUGUCGGUGACACGGAAUUGGCCAAAAUUGGCAAGAACUGUUUAUACUGCUUGCCGGAUAGCGACCUGACCGAUGGCAUCUUCCUGGCGCUCUUCGAAAAGCGCCGUGACGGCGAUGAAGACUAAUCAAAAUAAAACAACCACAACUUUGAUAUGAAA